CUUUCAGUUUUGUUCUCCUUCAUUAAUCUGCUGUCGGCCAGGUACUGCCAUUGAGAGCCCCACGAUACUUGCGUUACGGGACGUCAGUCUAGUGGCUCUUGGUUCACAAAAUACAGGACUGGAAGAGGGAGAGACGCGCGCUAGGUGAACCAUGCACUGGGCAGUGACCUGCUUCCUGCUGUGCGCCACACUUACGUCACCGGCGUUGCUGGCAACCGCUGCUGCGGCCAGAGACGGGGCCCCUUCCGGAGAGCUCACGGUACAGGACACUGUGAACGAGGUUCACCAGGUGCUGCCGGUUUUCGGGCGCAUGCUGAGGCCGGCUCUACAGUCGGCGCUGGAUCUGCUGAGCAGGCACGUGAGCUACAACGUGUUGGGAGCCCUGGCCGUGCUGCUUUCGAGUGUCGCUACGCUGGUCUUCUGGUUCCCCGGUACACUCGGUUACGUCGGAUUCACACCAGGCUGGUAUGGCAACCGCAGCGAGGACAGCGUAUCGGCGCGCUUCGAUGCCGUGCUGAAGCGCUACAAUGUGGACCCCGACGCCUGCCUCAAAGUGGCCAUGUGCUCGGUGGGCCGCCUCGGUGCUGACGCAGGCGACGGCCACCAGAAUAAACAACGCCGCCAAGCUGGCCCUGUCGAGGUCCUAGACUCCAUGCUCAGCCUGACUUUCAUGGACGAGGUGCUGCUGAGUCGCAGCCUUCGCAGUGCGCGCCAAGUGGGAGAAGCAGGCGGCGACUGCGACUCCUUCAACCGAGGAGGCCGCUGUCCUUUCAACGCGGCCGCUUGGAGGGUCCUGCUGUCAACCAUCAACAGGUCGCUCGCAUAGCGGGAAGCCAUCGUCGCCUUGACACAGAAUCCUGGAAUCGUUUCCAUCAAUGUUCUUCAGUAUUGACUGCCGAGCAGCUCGUCCACGGAGGACCAUAAUAAGGUGUCUUCCUUAAACUGCAGAAGGAAAGCAGCUGCCCCUCAAAUAAAGCAUUGCUCGCUUGCUUAAAACGUAUGACGCACUAAAACUGAACACUGCCCGAAUAAAGCCACUGCUGUCAUUUCCCGUAAGUAAACAUGCCUUUCUAAAAG